AUGAACAUGUUUAUAAAAACUUGUGUGAAAGAUAUUCACAACACUAGGAUAUAUGUUUUUAAUUAUAUUUCUUACUGUUUUCAAGCUUGGAGAAUGGGUUUUAUUAGGAAAUCGAGCAAAACUUUACGGGCAAAUAGAAACAAAAUGCCUAACAAAUGUGUGUUCAGGUGUAAGUACAUAUUCAACUCGUGGGGUCUGUCAGUUCCUAGAGUAUUAAGGAAGAAUGGCGACAAAGAUGAAAUAGAAAAGUAUUCUCUUGUUAAAAAACUAUGCCUGAACGCAGAAUUUGACGAAGCUAUCUCGAAAGUUAAGAAAAUAUUGCUGUUUGAGUCAACUUCGGCCAGCAGUAUACCUAUAUUGAACGGGCUUCUCCAUUCAUUGUUUCAGUAUAACAGAUUUAGAGAGAUUGCCGAGUUGAAGGUGUUGAUGGAUACACAUGGGAUUAUAGGGGAUAGAUCAACAUACUUGGUACUUGUUGACAGUUAUGGAGAAUUGAAUAACCUGCAAAUGGUGUUAAAACUUUUGGAUGAAAUGUCUCUUGUUGGUAUUAAGCCUCACCAUAGAUCUUACAUGGUGUGUAUCAGGUUAAGCCUUAAAGAAAAACUAUUUUUGGAUGCUCUGAAGCAUUUUCUUCUCAUCGAAAGUGUUCAUGUUGAAAGUAACGAUGAAUUUACUGCUUCCAUGAUCAUGGCAUUUGUUGAGAAUGACCAAUCUGAUAUCUUUUAUUCUCUUCUUGAGCAUUUAAUUGAACACAAAACAAGAUUUGGUCAGAAGACAGCAGCAGCUAUUCAAAGAUACUUUGAUAGAGACCCUCAAUGGCAUUCCAACGAAACAAAAAUUUCUGCAAGUGGUCAAUGCCAGAAUUGCAAGGAGUCGCUUCAGGCUGGCAAAUGUCGAAAACCGGAAGAACAUUUGAGCAAUUAUUUUCAAAAUAUAUUGGUUUCCGAAUUACAAAAAGACGCUCGAAUGAAAAGGACGGCAGAUGAUUUGAAAAAACUUCGAAAUUUCAUUGAUAAAAAUGGCCCAUUUACCGUUGUUGUGGACGGCCUGAAUGUUGCGAUGCAUCCGCUUUUCGGGAUUAACUUGAACUCGUUGUGUAGAUUGGUCAAGGUUUGUUCGUCUAAAGGGGAAAAAAUCUUGAUUAUUGCUGGAAAUCAUUUGAUUCGUCCGAAACAAUCAAAGACAGCGACGACAUCAGAACAUGAGAAGGCUUUAAAGUACAUCAACAGCAUCGCCUCAACUUAUUUCGUCAAACACAAUCGAAGAGGUGUGGACGAUCUCUUCCUCAUCAACGCCGUGUUGUACUUGUGCCGUGAAGAUUUCAACGUUCGCCUCAUCAGCAACGAUAAGUUCAUGGAUCAUCAAGCAAAGAUGAGCCCGCAGACUUUGCGUUACUUUCAGCAUUGGCUCGAGGACCAUCAGAUAAGUUUGCGUUGGUUUGAUGACGUCAGAAUGAAGGCCUUACCGCAGAAACGGAAAUUAAUUGAAAGAUCGAUGCAGAAAACUACAAAUUCGUGGCAUUUUCCUUCGAGCGAUGGUAAUGAUUGGAUAUGCGUGAGAAGAGCUCGUGAAGAUUUAGAAGCUGACGUGUGAAAACUACACAACAAGAGCUGAUGUGUGAAAACAACACGACAAGAGGCGAAGGCGGCAAACCUCGCUGAUUUCGGAUUCUUCUCGCUUGAGCAAUAGUUUGUUAUAAGCAGCCUGCCACCUGGUUUUAACCAUCUCUGGGAGAAGAGAAUGAUUGAUUUCAAGAUAAGGGAACGGACCGUAAGUACAAUCAUGGCAAUAAAAAAAAUCGGCGGGAGAAAUAGUACUCGCCGUGACUUACAAAGCAAGCCUUUAUAAGACGUUUCUGGUCCGCAAUAUGCAUAAGUACUUCUUUGCUGUAUAUGACAUCAAAGGAGUUCGGUUUGUAAUUACGAUGUGUGACGUCACCGAUUUCAAAAUGUACCUAACAUAAAUAUAAAGAAACCGAAAACCGUCAGUCAUUCAAACUACAAUCAGAGUAUAGCGUGCAAUCAUGUUUUCAGAAUUAUGUUUUCAAUAAAAUGCUUGCGUAACACGAGAGCAUUACCAUAGAUCCUGCUCAGGUAGGAUUUCAAACCUGUUCA